GGUUCCUAUAUCAAAAUGUUGGUACGUUAACAAAAAUUAUCAAAAUGUUGGUAUACACCUACGGUAUACAAAUGAGUACCCCCAUGCACACAAAUGAUGACACUCCUCCUUGCGGCAACUGGCCGCCGCUGUCGCCGGAGCACAAAGGCGGCGGCCACCGCCAUGUUGCGUUGCCAGCAACCGUGCUCGCAGCGGGGCCGGAAUUGCUCUCCGCUGUUCCACUACCCGCCUGCCGUGACCGGCUGAGGUGGGAGAUCGGUGCGGGUUGUAGCAGCGGUGGCGAAUGCAACAACAGUUACGGCGGCGGCUCUCCUACCGCGGGUUCAUCCCCCGCUAGCGGCCGCCGCUACGGGGUAUCCGGUUUCCAGGAGGGAGGCGUGAGAUGCCACAAGAGGCCGGAUGCAUCAUACUGCCCGCCGGCAGGGUUUCUUGAACCGGAUUUUGGUCCGGCUGGCCAGCUUUUCAGCUCAUCAGGUGAUUUACAGCCUCUUAAUGGUUCAGACGUCUGAAUGGUUCAGCACUUAAUGGUUUAGACUGUUUGUUUCAGCCUCUUAAUGGUUCAGAUGUCUGAAUGGUUAAGAGAUUUGCCUCUGAAUGGUUAAGUAUUAUACAGAGUCUGAAUGGUUAAGACCUCUUAUCUGAAUUGAUCAGACAUUUGCCUCUGAAUAGUUAAACAAUAUACUAGCUCUUAAUGG